AUGGCCGAUAGAGAGGGUGAUCCUUCGACACCGAGCACAGAGCGAGCUCCUAUACCCACAAUGAUGCAGUCGACCGGGGAAGUAUACAUGACUCCACUACCAAAGCUUUCUAUGGUUGUGUUAUCAAUUACAAUGCUUGGGGAAUUUUUAUCGGCGAACGUUUCGACGCCGUUCUUACUAUUCAUGGUCAGAGGCCUUGGAGAAUUUGCGGACGAGGCAGAAGUGGCUUUUUGGACGGGAAUACUAGUCUCGACGUUCUUUCUAACGCAGUUUGUGACUUCUCUCCUAUGGGCUACUAUCGCCGAGAAACAUGGACGCCGCGCCGUGCUGAUGAUUUCAUUGUUGGGCUCUGCCAUUACAUGCCUUACCUUUGGAACAGCGACAACUCUUCAACAGGCUAUCUGUAUCAGGCUUCUCCAAGGCAUCUUUGCUGGCGCUGUCGGCGUUGCGCGUGGUUGUGUCUCCUUUGUCACCGAUCCAAGUAAUGAAGGUCGAGCCUACGCUAUCUUAGGAUUCUGUUGGGGUUUCGGAGCUGUUGCCGGAGCUAUUAUCGGAGGAUCUUUCGAAAGACCUGCCACCAAAUGGCCUGAGAUUUUCGGCGACGUUCACUUGUUCGUCAAAUAUCCUUAUUUGCUACCUUGCGGUUUAGCUGCUUCAGUAUUACUUUUUGGAUCCUUCUUGUCCAUAUUUUUGGGGCACGAUGGUGGACCUCGAGAGGGGGCAAUCCGCUUACUCCCCGAAAAGAAUGUCAAUCAUCCCCCCAUUCCAGAAGAGGAUUCCACACCGCUAACCCCUGUAUUUGAAGAUGAGGAACCACGCGGAAUCGCCGGAAUUCAUAGAAAGUUUUCUCGACGUUUCUCAGAUUACUUUGCAAAGCGUGUUCCUGAUGCACAUCAAAGCUCGGAAUCUCCGCUGGAUCAGCCACCUUUAGCAAUGUCUUCGACUCCCAACACGCGUAUUGACCGAACUCGAACCUUCUCAAGAACAAGCAAAGCCAAUGGGUCGGCUUAUGGUUAUGGUGGUGCAUAUCGCAAUAGGCUGGCAAGUAAUGCAACUUUGAAUGCCAGGCGUGGAAGUUUUACCAGUUCGUUGCGGCGUCGAAGGGGCAGCAAUUUCGACAGUGUCAGAGACUCUGCGACGGAAGGAGCAGACCUUAAUUUCGCACAGCGUCUGUUGUUGGCAAAUGAAAAUGCAGUGACAAAUAUCGCGGACCUUUGGGUCGCCGCCGCCAUGAAUGCCGACAACGAGGACCCUUUUGAACCCGACUCCGAUAUCGAGGAAGGUGGGGAAGAAAGCAACGAAAUGGUCGAACCUGGCCCGAGGGAUGAGCCCCUAGGCGCAGAUGGUGCUGGUACGACCACGACUACUCCCAAAUUGACACCGCCUAUUGCUCGGUUGUCGAGACCGUCACACCGCCCAAGCUCAACGAGUUCCCCUCUUCACACAUCGUCACCCUUAAGGCAUCCGUCUUCAUCACCUAUACCACAUCGCUCAUCUGUUUCCUUUUCCCUCAUGGCUCCCCUAUCGUCGCGGCGCCCAUCUAAUGUCCCGUCAAUCUUUGCUCAUCCUGGAGUGAAGAAGCCUACAGCGGUUCUCGAUGCCCAGCAGCUUCUUACUUCAGAUAUGGAUACCCCUACCGACCCUUUGACUCCUAUCGCUGAAACACGUCUAUCAUCGCAAGCUCACUCUCAAGCUGAUGUUGAAUCACUAGCCGAGAAGGCCCCUUCUUUGAUGUCACAGCUUCCGGUCGUUGUGAUUAUACAGUAUGGCGUUAUGGCUCUACAUACCACCACGCAUGACCAAAUUUUUAUGUCUUAUCUUGUUUCUGACUAUGAAUCUGGAGGUCUCAAUCUGAAUGCUGGUCAUUUCGCUCAACUAAUUGCUCUCAUGUGCCUUGCACAAAUCGCUUAUCAGUUCUAUCUCUAUCCCAUCUUCAGUCCUCCCCGUGGUCGUUUCUCACACCUAGCGAUGUUCCGCAUUGGCACUGUUAUGUUUAUACCGGCAUACCUUACUGUUGUACUCUACCGUCCUUUCGCCAACAAAAAUUCAGAUGACUCCAACCCCUUCUUAAUGUUUGUGACGCCUCCCAAUGCGAUCGGCUAUGCAAAUGGAAUCGCUCAGAGCAUCGUCAGCCUUGCACGUUGCAUUGGACCAGUUAUUGGGGGUUGGCUCUGGUCUCUUAGUGUUCAGGAUGGACCGUCAGGUUACUACUUUGGCUUUCUUGUCUGCGCUGCCGUUUGUGCGCUGACAGUGGCGCAAAGUUUCUUGAUUCGCUAG